CCACGCAGUCCGCAGGGCCGAGAGAAGGCGCGGCUAUAGUGCCGCUGGAUGAUUCAGACGGUCUCCUCUCGUGAGAAUCGGGACGUGCCCGAGGACCGGCUUGGUGCGCGUGGGAGCGCGCUCCGCGUCCCCGCGGAGCUGGCGCGAGAGGCCCGUGGCCGCUGCGGGCGCACGCCCUGCCCCGCCCCCUCCCCGGCACGCAGGCUCCGCGCGAGCUCGCGCGCGCGCGCGCUCCCGUUCAAGCUUCGGUCUGGCCAGCGGCGAUCGGGCGGGUGGAGGCUGGGCCGCUGAGGUACGAGGGGAGGAGCCGCCCCUGCCGCCGUCGCCGUCGCCGCCGCUGCUGCUGUAGAUGAGCAUGUCUGCAACUCGAGCCAAGAAAGUGAAGAUGGCCACCAAAUCGUGCCCCGAGUGCGACCAACAGGUUCCUGUUGCAUGUAAAUCGUGUCCUUGUGGUUAUAUAUUUAUUAGCAGAAAACUUUUAAAUGCAAAACACCCAGAGAAAUCACCACCUUCUACAGAAAACAAGCAUGAGGCCAAGAGGAGGCGAACAGAGAGAGUUAGGCGAGAGAAGAUAAAUUCUACAGUAAAUAAGGAUUUAGAAAACAGAAAGAGGUCUCGAAGUAACAGCCAUUCAGAUCAUAUCAGACGAGGAAGAGGAAGACCUAAAACUGCAUCUGCCAAAAAACAUGAGGAAGAAAGAGGAAGCUACUACAAGAUACCUGGCAUCAAAAGGAAGAAGUAAACCAAGAAAGUGUCCUGGGAUCCAGGACACAGGGUCCAACUCAAGAGAAAGAUGUUUAUAUCCAGCAUGAUGUUGAAGAGAGAUCUUGAUGAUAAUUGUGUAUCAGGUCUAGAAAUCAACCAUUUCAGACUGAGCAGAAGACUUGGAGAGACUUAUUCAAGAAAAUAAAAUUGAUAUAAUAUCUAGUAUGUGUAAACAUUCUAAAAGAUUUGUACAACUCAUUAGUAAUGAAAACUAAGCUGAUGGAGAAAGAAUCUCAGGAAAAAAACAAUGUGAAGGAAAAGUGAAAUCAUUUACAUAGUCAGAAGAAUAAUGUAAACAUUGAAUAUUGAUCUCCCCUAAAUUGUGAUGUAAUUGUAAUGGGAAGAUGGGAUAGGAAGAGUAUGGGGCUUAAGAUACGGAAAACAAUAAAAUACUAACUUUUCAUGGUGGAAGAUUAAUUAAUAAUGCCUAAAAUCAAGAAGUGGACAUAAAAAUGUUGCUUAGAGAGGUAAAAAAUGAAAAGAAACAACUGAAAAAAAGUAGUUGCACUUGGAGUAUGGGAAACAGGCAUGAGAGAAGGAGGACUUCCAUAUUUUGUAACAGGUUGAAUAAAAAUGAUUUGACUCUAUAUAUUUAACUUUGAUUAAAAAGUCAAAACAAAAAAAGACAAAAGUAUGAUCGUAGAAGAGUCUGAAAAAAGAAGUUGGCAGAAUACACAAAGAUGUUUAUUGUGAUUUUAGCUGGCUCUGGGAUAAUAUAGAUGGGUUUUAUUUUCUUUUUUUGUUUUUCUGUACUUUUCAAUUUUUUUUUUUUAAAGAUUUUAUUUAUUUAUUUGAGAGAGAAUGAGAUAGAGAGAGAGAGCACAUGAGAGGGGGGAGGGUCAGAGGGAGAAGCAGACUCCCUGCUGAGCAGAGAGCCCGAUGCGGGACUCGAUCCAGGGACUCCAGGAUCAUGACCUGAGCCGAAGGCAGUCGCUUAACCAACUGAGCCACUCAGGCACCCUGUACUUUUCAAUUUUCUACCAUGAACUUGGAUUGCAUUUGUAAUUAGGAGAGGGAAAAAUAGAAUUAAAUGUUGGUUAUUCUUAUUUUCUAUAGCAGGGCUAAGGUAAAGAAGUUAAUAUAUUCAUAAAGGCACUAUUGGUGUUCAGAAGGGACCAUCUUUCGGGUGAGAAAAUUCAUUUUGAUUGGAUAGUAAGCUCAUCCUAGUGAAGAGAAAGAAAUACUUGAGAUUUUUACAGAAAUGAUAUAGAUAUUAUAGACAGUGUGUGUGUGUGUGUGUGUGUAUAUAUAUAUAUAUAUAUAUAUACACAGUUUCCAUUUAGUUCAUGGCAUUUCAAUAACUCCUUUGUGUCAUUUUUAAAAAUUUCCAGUUUAGUAGCAUGAUACUGUAUAACAUGUAAUAUAUGUUGUUAGUAUUAUGUAUAUUUAUUGUCAUCUAAAGAGAUACUUGAAAGCCUCAAAAGUAUUUUUUGAUUACCACG